AUGGCCAAGCCAAACCUUACCCUCCUCUCAGACCUCACACCACCCUCCCUGGAACGAGCAUGGCUCACAGCCCCGCACCCCACCCUACCCAUCGUCGCAACUUGCAGCUCCGACAAGACCGUGCGAGUAUACUCGCUCACGAACUUCAAGCUCCUCUCCACAAUCACAGGCGGACACAAGCGCAGCGUACGUACCGCCGCCUGGAAGCCCCACGUGCAAGGUGAAAGCGUGCUCGCGACUGGCUCCUUCGACGCUACUGUCGGCGUCUGGCGGCGGUGGGAUAGCUAUGGGCGUGCGGAAGGUGGCGGCGUGGGGUGGGGAGGUAACGGCACCAAUGCCGAUACUGAUGGCGACCCCAAUGGCCCUGCAGUGGAUAAUGGCGAGGAAGACGAAGAAUGGCGAUUUGCGGUGCUGUUGGAUGGGCAUGACAGCGAGGUCAAGUCAGUCUCGUGGUCUGCCUCGGGAAUGCUGUUGGCGACGUGCGCGCGGGACAAGUCAAUCUGGAUCUGGGAGGACUUGGAUGAUGGUGACAAUAACUUUGAGACGGUGGCGGUGAUGCAAGAGCAUGGCGGUGAUGUGAAGUGUGUUGCGUGGCAUCCUGCGGAAGAGUGUCUUGCGAGCGGUGGCUACGAUGAUACAAUUCGAAUCUGGCGUGAGGACUUGGACGAUUGGGGCCAAGUGGCGUGCAUCAAGGGGCACGGGGGCACGGUGUGGUUCCUAGACUGGGAGAGCGUGGAUAAUAUUCCCUCGACAUCUACCUCUUCACCAGAGGAGAGCGCGGAGCUUGUGAGCCAAUGGCGCGAGCAGCGUGCAUUGUCUGGACCACGUCUGAUUACUUGCUCGGAUGACCGAACUGUUCGUAUCUGGCGCCGAUUGCCGAAAGAAAGCACAACCGCAGGCCUGAACUCGUCUGCAGCGACUGGCAUCCCGAGUAUCAUUCGGCCCACUGGGACGGAUGAGACGUGGGAGGAAGAUACGGUGCUGCCGCAUGCACACGAGCUGGCAGUGUACGCCGUGGCUUGGAGUCGGCGAAGCGGACUUGUCGCGUCUGUGGGGGCUGAUGGGCGGAUUGUGCUGUAUAAGGAACGACUUGUCAAGCCGACGGCGACUGAUGCAGAUGCUAUGGAUACCGAGACUACGGAGAAGCGGUCUGUCAAGACGGAAUGGUCUAUUCUUGCGGUGGUGGAUGGUGCGCAUGGCAUCUAUGAGAUCAACCACGCUGCUUGGGCGAAGCGCGCGGAUCGGGGGUCUACGGAAGGCCAGGAGGAAGAGGUUUUGGUGACGUCUGCAGACGAUGGGAGUGUGAAGGUGUGGACGCUGCAGUGGUGA